CGGUCCUUUGCGAGCAGUCCGACGCAGUCAACGCUCUCGACGUACAUUUUCAGUUGACAAUUUGAAAGCGGAUUCAUCAACUAAGGCGUUGCCGAGGCAUCCUUGUCACCAGUGCUCACCAGUUGGUUUCUUGGCACUUGAUACCGGACCGAUUACAUUCUGGACUGGCUGAGAGAUUGGCCAAGCAUUUGGCUCGAAAACAGUGGCAAUCAGUUGCCUUUUGGCAGGAGAAGCAAUGCAAAAUUAAGCCAAGGCCGCAAUGCAGCUGGACAUAAAUUGUGAUUAAAGAAGCGUCCAGCGAGGCGGAAGACAGCAAAACUUUGCUUGGCACAGCUGCCAAGAAGCAAAAGACAAAACGAGCUGCAUUCGUUCUUGAUUUAUUACAAUUCUAUACAAGUUUUUGGCAACAAGGAGACGCACUAAAAAGUACACAAUAUGCCAGCGGGUCGGGUGGCCGGUAAAGCCGGCUACUCCAAUCACUAUUACAAUGGGCGUUCGUAUGUGGGCAUUAACGAGGAAAUUAUGUGGGUCAGUAUUGGCAUGGGCGUGACUAUCGCGCUCCUUAUAACGAUUGCAUUGUGCUACAUUGCACGAGAGAAGUGCCAGAAACGUCAGCGCGAAUAUUACGUGACAGCAUAGUUAAUGUAUGC